AUGUGGGUGGUGUUUCUGCAAGCGGCCACUAAAAGCAUACCUGUGCCUUGCGCUAAGCAGUCCAUGCUUCUCCCCUCUGCGCUCCCCUGCGACCGCGCUGCCCACGGCAUGGUCUCGCCGCCUGCCAGCCCGCCCAAGCCGUCGACGUCGGCAACCUUUCGCAUCGCCUCGAGCAGUCUGAACCUGCAAAGCCUCAUGGCCAACACCACCACCACCGAACACACCACACAACAUCACCACCACAGCCAUGCGCAACCACCAUACCACCAGUCGUACUUUGGCGGCGCUCUACUGCCGCUGCCCACGCCGCCCAUGGCGCACGCUCCCUCCCCCAUGAAGAAGCUGCGUCUGCGCACCCGCACCAACGACGAACUGCCACCCGCCCGCGGCAUCGUCAAGAGAACCACCACCACACCUUCUCGCCAGCACAAGCGCACCAUCUCCUCCGACAGCAGCAGCGGCAGCAGUGACGCCGGCCCCGAACCGCCCACCACGCCCAAACGCUCCCGCAUCGCCCCCGAGUGCAUGCCACUCGGUCUGGCGCGCGCCGACUUUCACAGCCUCGAGGUUGCGGCGCCGCCGCCAGACAACAGCAGCUGCAGCAGCGACUGGACGGCCGAGGAUGACGGCAUGCUGGUCGAGCUCGUGCUGGAAAAGCUCAAGUUGUCCAAGGAGGACUGGCAGGACUGCGCGCGCGCGCUCGGCAGAGAUCAUCGCGCGCUGUCAAGGCGCUGGAAGAGCCUCGUGUUGAAUGAGCAUGUUGGCCUGAAGAGGCGCAAGUUGGCGUCGACGUGGCGCUAA